CUUACUUACAGCUUUAUCUGAAAUAUAUUAAGAAACAAAUAUAUGUACUCGGUGUCAUGUCACCGCUCUAGUGAUCAAUGGUAUUUUAGGCUGAGAUUGUGCAGAAUACAAAUGAAUAUGAUUUACUGCACAGGAACCAUUAUACCAUAAAUGUUUCUACAACAACAUUCUACAUGUAGUAAGAGUCUUUCAGGGUCGCUCUUUAUCUGAAGAACUCUUCUCUAUCGUGAGAACUCUUCCUGAGAUAGAACAUUGGAUCACACAAUAGAUGGGCAAACAACAACUGUCUUUUAUUGAGAACUUUGGUCUCAGUGGAAUAGCUGCAGGUGUCUCGAAAACUGCUGCUGCUCCAAUUGAGCGUGUCAAGCUACUUGUACAGAAUCAAGAUGAGAUGAUCAAAUCAGGACGUCUUGCAAAGCCCUACAAUGGUGUUAUUGACUGCACAGUACGCACAUUCAAAACUGAAGGUAUCCUUCCAUUUUGGCGUGGCAACUUAGCUAAUGUUAUCAGAUAUUUUCCUACACAAGCCCUGAACUUUGCCUUCAAGGAUCAAAUUAAAGCUGCUUUUAAAGCCAGCAAUCAGGACAGUCAUGCAGUAAAGUUUUCCAAGAAUAUUGCAUCCGGUGGUGUAGCAGGAGCUAUGUCUCUGUGCUUUGUUUACUCCCUGGACUAUGCUAGAACAAGGUUGGCAAAUGACUCCAAGGGAUGUGCUAAAAGUGGUGGUCAACGUCAAUUCAAUGGUCUCAUUGAUGUAUACAAGAAGACACUGAAGUCUGAUGGCAUCGUUGGACUCUACAGAGGUUUUGUCAUUUCUUGCGUUGGAAUUGUUGUGUACCGCGGUUGCUAUUUUGGUUUCUAUGACACCCUGAAACCAAUUAUGCUCGGAGACGAUGCUAAUGUGUUUAUGUCAUUUGUCUUGGGUUACUUUGUGACUAUUACAUCUGGUAUUAUCUCCUACCCUAUUGACACAAUACGUAGACGUAUGAUGAUGACAUCUGGAGAGGCAGUCAAGUACAAGGGAUCCAUAGAUUGUGCCAAAACUGUUAUCCAAAGUGAGGGUUUCAUGUCCCUCAUGAAAGGAGCAGGUGCCAACAUAUUGAGAGGUGUAGCUGGUGCUGGUGUCUUGGCUGGAUUUGAUGCCUUCAAACAAGCAUAUAUUAGAAUGAAAAAUCAAUAAUACCUUGAAAGUAACAUUUCAGUAAAAUAACAUAAUCUACUCAGACAUUCCUUACUCAAAAACUCUUACAUUGAUAUUUAGAAAAUGCUCAAGUUUAUAUUUCAGAUAUUUUUUACAGAUUUUACACCUAAUAGGGCUAUAGCAUUACAAUAUUAAUUGAAAUCUUUAUAUCUAUUUAUUUUGAGAAAUAAACUCAUUAACUCAAUAAA